CCACCUCUUUGGAUAAUACUUCGACUCUAAUGCACCCUAAAAUCCAGAAUCGACAAUAUUUCUUUUAACUUUAAUUUUUACUACUUAGUGUCAACAUUUAUAUCCUCUGUUUUAUUUAAAACGCUCUACUUCGUGCGUGGACCAGCACGUCGCAUUGUGCGGCGGCCAUCAUCCCCAGCCUGGCAUUACAUCGAACCACAGUGGCAUUCACUGAAUCCUCCCAUCCCGGUAUGGCUACGAACUGUGCAAGUUGCAGAAGGCGAAACUAAGGCGCCAUGCAAGAAACUGAAGUGAUCCCGGUUAAGAGAAAGCGAGGGAGACCGAGGAAAAUAGUUGGGGAAAGCAAACCAAGUCCAAACAAUGUUCCCAUACCUGCAACCAAAGCAGGACUCCGUGUCAGACCCCGUACGAGGCGAACUUUGGACUCAACUGAUAUCUCUAGGAAGUUGGGAGACGAAGAGAAAAUUCGAUCUCAAAAGAGAUCUCACUCUCAGGGAUCUAGUAGUUCCGAAAAGAGUCAAAGCCGAAAUCGUAACACUAGUGAAGAUUCCCAACCAGCUACCAGAGUAACUCGACGCUCAGCAACAGCAUUGAAUGUUUCAAUAUCAGAUGAUGAUGACAAACACGAGGCAAGAAACACUGAGGAGAACGAACCAGGAGCGAAAAGGAACAGGAGCAGGAGAAGCGCUUCAAAGGAAGUUGUCGGGGACUUAAUAUUCACGAGCUUUGAGAACCUGCAUGAAAUGACCUCAUUUAUGGACGACACUGACAAUGAGAAGGAGACAAAUAAAAGUUCUUCAGCCAAGCCAACUGAUGAGAAUGACCACACUGGGAAAACAGACACGCACAAAGAUGAUGGUAAACCAGCAGACGCCCCACAACCUAUAAUCAUACCCUUCAGGGUGAAUCCACAGUUCCGCACUCUCAUGCGAUUAAAGUCGGGUCUACAAUCAUCACAGGUGGUCAAGCUCAAAAGCAGAAAUGAACCUCUGUCCAGCAUGCAUGGAAAAAGCAACCAGGACCUACCGUCUAGCUCGGCCAAAGAGACCCCUGUCAUUAAAAAAGCGUCAAAGCCACCCCCUCAAGCAGAUAAAACUGAAGAUCAAUCUUCAAAAUUGACUCCUACACCAAAGUCAAACCACGAAGUGAGAAAGACUUCUGCUGUACUCGGUGCACUUCAAUCUCCAGUUCGUAGUACCAGCAAAGGCUCUGCAGUCAACAAAUCAACACAAGUAGAGACAACUGAGAUGCAAAGUUCAUCUGAAAAACAGGUAGGCGGGAAUUCUGAUGUUCAAAAGAACGCAUCGGCCUCCUCUGAGGACAUUUUGCAUCAGCCUGUGCAAAUUUUAGCCAGAAAAUCUGACAUUGCGCCAAAGCCUGUCCAGAAAUCAAAAAAGGUGUCUGUAGAAGACUUACUUGAUGUUCAUGCAGUGAAAGGCGGAACUCCUGAUGGCUCAGCAUUGCUCCAAGGUCUAUGGAUAGAAGAUCAACCUUCAAAAUUGGCGCCUGCAUCAGAGUCGGACCACAAAACGAGAAAGACUUGUACUUCAUCCAUUAUACAUCCUGUUAGCAUGUUACCAGAUAAGCCCAGCAAAAACUCGGCAGCCAGAAAUUUGACACAAGCAGAGGUGAUUGCGACUCUAAUUGCACCAAAAAAACAGGCAGUUGGAACUGCUGGUAGCUCAGCUGAGAGAGCCAUUCCUGAGGGAAUUUCCAAUCAGCCUGUGCUAGUUGGGGUUAAUAAGGCUGACUUCGCGCCAAAGCCUGACCAGGUCUCAAGGAGGGCAUCUUCAGAAGGCAAACUUGAUGCUCACGCUGAGAAAGGCGGAACUCCUGGUGGCUCAGUUGAUACCUCAAGCCUCAAAAAGUCAUCUCUCCAACAUAAUCAAUCUUUAAAUGUUACGCCUGUAUCUAUGUCGGUCAAAACGAACAUGAAAGCGACUAGUGCUGUAACCACUACAUUUGUCCACAUCUUGCCUAGGGGCUGUGAACAAGCAAAAGUAUCUAAGAAGCAGGUUGGUGAGAUUGCUGGUGGCUCAACUAAUGCUUCAACUGUGCACCCUCCAGCUGUACAAGUGAAAAAUAUCCCAGCCGCCCAGAUAAGUACGGGGACAAUUGAAGAUCCCAGACGUCCUGUUCAUAGACCAAGGCCUGCGUCUGAGAUAAUUGUUGCUUUUCCUGAAAUGGUAAGGGCUUCAACUACAACACUGUCUGAUGUGCACAACCUUGCAAGGAGAGUUAGCAACAGCCCGGCACAUGAAACUGAGAAGAAAUCGUUGCCAAGCAAAUCCUCUGAUGGAACUCCUUGUGGCUCUGCUGAUGCUCAAGCAACCACCUCACACUCUGGAAAGAUAGAUGAGCGGGCAACGGUUCAUCUAGCUCAAGCUGUGAAAGUUACACUUGUUUCAAAUGACGCUGCAUAUAAGAUGACCUUAAAUUCCAAUAAAUCGCCUGAUGAUGGUCACGUGUCACCCAGAGGUCAAGACAAAGACACUCCUGUCAAGAACAGUGAACCAAAAUUACCUCCUCAAACUAGAGAACCAAUAUGUGGAACAACAAGCUCUGGAACUUCUGGUAGCUUCAACGUAAUACCUUCAAUACCAGGAAAAGGAAAUCAGACAGCAAAGGUUGUUGAAGUUCCACAUGCAAGUGCGGAGAUGGUGUUAGAGGAAGCUGACUCUGCGCCAAAGCACAAAAUAGAUUCUAGAAAGGCCUCUAAAGAAAGCCAAAAUCAAGACGCCGCUUCUGUAAUAGACGCGUUGAAGGCGCCUCAAGUAAAAAUCAUCUCGUCCAAGGAACAGGUUGACAAAACUGCGAGCACUAAAACUUCUGGCAACUCUGCCAAUGAUUUAAAUCCUAAGAGUGCAACAACCUCGCUGCCUGAGAAAAGAGAUAAGCAUGCAAUCGGCCCUCGAGAUUCGCCUUUGAUCAAGAAGGUCAAGCCAGUUGAAGCUGAUUGUGUGUCAAAGCCAGUACUUGUAGUUAGCGAGGCUUCUGUAGAGCCUAAGAAACUUGAGAAGAGCGCUGAAAAACUUAAGAAUUCUGCUGAAAAUCCAAUUCCAGCACCAUCUUCUGAAAAAACUCCUGCAAGAUCUGCUGAUCAAAUUUCAGUUCCAUCGCCUUCUUCAAGGAAGACGAUCAGACUCUCUGAUUCGGUCAGAAAUCAAGCUUACUCUUCAGUGUCAUCUGAAGAACUAGAGAGAAUGUUGAACGGAGCGAACUACAAAAAUAAAUUAACCCUUCCUCAGGACAAAAGGGGAUCUGGAACCCCUGAAAUAAAGCAGACAAAAGAUGACAGCGCUGAUAAAGAAAGUCUGACCACUUGUGCUCAGCCAAGUACCAGUGGAUUGCCGAUUUCAACGGGAAAUGCGUUGCUUGUGAUCCCAGCCAGAGACAACAGUGCAUCAAGCUCAAACCAGAACAACAAGUGUCUUUCCCCUAGCAACGUAAUUUUUGUCCAAGGUAGACCUCCCAGAGCAAAACCUCCAACUGGUGAUCAACUGCUUAGUGGUGGUGCUGUUCCUUCGCAGGCGACCAUAACGGUGGCCAAAGAAGACAAUUCUUCAAAGCAAAUCGAGCAAACACUUCCUCCAAUCGGACCUGCUACGAAGAUACUGUUAGUUUCCAAAGAAAGAGCCAAGGACACUGUGACACGUGACAUACCUGUAGAUACAGCUAAUGUCAAAGGCAAAGUAAACACGCCUGUUUCUCCGCUCCUGAGCCCUUCCAAGGAGAAAGCACAGCCACAUGCUCAGCUUGAAGCAAUACCUGUAACGCAGAAACCAAAUAUUGUGUUCCAAACCCAACCAUCAACUCCACCUACGCCUAAAGAAGUGCCAAAGGUUGCGAGUCCAGAAAAACCUGUUGACACGGCUGCUGUCCAACCUACUAAAGCUUUGGAGAAGUCUGUUACCCUCAGUAGAAAUCUACCACCUGUUAGUCCUACCAGAGGCGACAAGGAAACGCCUGCCAAUGGUAAUAAAGCGGCCAACCUCAACCUUCAAAAACUGAUAAGCAACGUAAUUAAAAUAAAGAGAAACGAAAACGGACAGUUCUUCAUCAAGUCAGCUGCAACACCUUCAACGUCCAAAAGUUCUGAGAAAGCUGGAGCAAAAAGUCAAGUAUUACCUCCCCCUCAAGAGAAUGAGCCGUCUAACCUUCAGCUCGGUGUUCAGAUGACUCCUACCUCUGUUGGAAAGAUUUCGAGUGGACCAAACACGAAGGAAAUUCAUAAGCACCCCAGUACUCCGGAAAAUUCAACCCAGGAAACUGUGCUGCGUGAUGUGCUAGAAGAUAUGAUUGGAGCUGUAAUUGAAGGCGAGUCUAGAGAGAAAUCUAAUGAGGCUGGAGCAGUUCAGACAGUCAAAGAUACUUUGCCUACAAAACAGGAUGCUCAAAAGGGGAUUGAAGACAAAAUACCACCAUCGCCAAAGGUUCCAAUGGCUUCAAACAGCGGUGAAAUGGAAAAGACAGCUGCACCAAUAACCAAAACGCAAGAAAAAUCUAAUCAAAAUCCAGUAAUUGCCGCUGAAGAUGGGGGAAACUCUCGGGAUGUUACUGAAAAUGUUCAGGAGCCAAAAGAUAAAAUACCAAUAACCCCAAAUGAAAAUUCGCCAGAGGAGAGUGAUGAUUUGAAUGAAUCGACAAAUGUAGUAGAAGAAAUUAUGGAGAGAGAAGAGCCAAAGAAAAGGACGCGAGGUCGCAAAAGGAAGUCGUCAGAGAUGAAGGAAGGGAACGUCACGAAACGAACCACAAGAUUGUCACGCCUAAAUUCGACGGAAAAGAGGGAUAGGGUGGUCGUCAGGUACAAGCUGCUUGAUUCAGGAAAAAUGAACCUAGAAGAUUGCAAAUCUGCUGAAAACCUGAAGAAGAGUAAAUCAGAUCCUGGCAAGAAGCAGAAACCUAAACUGAGACCACCACCCACCGCCAAGAUCUUCACGAGCGAAGAAGGUAGCACAUGCCAAGCAAGACUAAGGGAGCUAAGAGAAAAGCAACUUAAAGAGAGCGCCACGCGCCCGCAGACAAUUACCAAGCCAACCGAUCCUCCGCCGAUUUUGGACAAGUCCCACGCGGAGUUUGCAGUGUCGGCUCUGUUCUUCAAAAACGAUGAGAAUCAAAGAGCUAAAGAGAGAGAGGACGAGACUUUUGAACCACACAUUGAAGUUGUUGAUGAACGAGUAGAUGAGCCAGGACCCAGCAGAAUCCGCGAGGAGGCGGAAAACAUUCAGGUUUCCGUUGAGCCUAACAAAAAGCAGGUAUCUGCCGAACCAGAAAAAAAUCAAGCCGCCUUAUUGCUUGAAGAAAAUAAAAUCUGCGAGGAGCCAAACAAAAACCAAAGCCCUGAAGAGGUGACAAGUGACUGUCCGGCCUUAAAUGAGCCAGAGAUCAGUUCAAGUUCUUCAGAAAGUUCGCCAGCUCGCUCGAAGCCAGGGAGCAGCCAGCAGAAGAGAAGGUGGGCGAAGAGGCGUCGAAAGAAGAAAAUAGUGAAGCCAACAUCAAGCAAGCGCAAAUGGAGCAACGCGAGGAGAUUGAAGCACAUGUCGACCAUAGCAAAGCGGAAGAAGUUGGGCCACGUAUCCAAGGCGGAGAGAGAGCUGUCCAAGCUGGGUCACGUGGUCAUCAACGUGGACAAGGACAAGCGAGCGGCCGAGGUGGAGCAGGCCUCAGAGGUGGCGUGCAAAAAGGAAUUCUGCAAGCUUGGCUGCGUGUGCCAGAGUCUGAAAGGCUCGAUGCGGGACGAGUUCCACUGCGGCAAGGAGGACUGUCUGUUCGGCUGCAAGUGCGCGCAGGCCGGCGCCUCCAACUGCGUCAACGACCCCAGGGUGCGGGACAGGAUCAGGGAUCGUGCCCCGGCAGAGAAGGAGUUCAUCAACACGGUGAUCAAGGGCAGCGAGCUGCUAGUCAUGGCCGAGCGGGGUAAACGAGAACGCAAGGUCCCGCAAAGGCUCGUCUGCGACUUUAUCACUGGCGAAGAGAUCGAGUCCAGCAGCAGCAAGCGGGCGCGGCUUGACGACGCGGAUCAUCCUAUGGUGCGGAAGCGGCUGCUCGACGAGUACUGGGAAAAGCAGUUGGACGACCGCGUGAGCAAUUUGCAGAGUCCAGACAUCUUGGAGGAGCCUACAGUUGGCACCAUAGUGCACUCUCACGACGGUGAAGAUGAUGGCACAGCAAUCAGAGUGCACAUUGACCAAAUCGAAUUCGUCCAAAGGCAGAUCUCGGAAUUUGUCCCGAGGGUGUCACCUGAGAAAGAACAUGAGGCAGAACACGAGGCAGAACACGAGGCAGAACCGAUGGAGCAUUCGUCUGAUGAGGAUGGGACGCCAAAAAUAAUCAGCAUAGCUUCCAUUGCCCCAGAGGAAUUCGACAAGCAGGGAGCAUCUUCUAGCAGGGAGCUGGAAAUCAUCGACGAGGUUUGCAUUGAGCUGCCAACUUCAUACGCGAUCAUUGAAGCUCGCAGGAACGCCAAGAUCCGUGCUAAGACCAUGCUGACAAGAUUUAAAGAUAGCGUCAUCAGUGCAGGCGGCUUCAUUCCAAGCAAAUUGUACAAUGACAAAUUCUGCACCGUCUCCUGGGAGUCAUUCAUUCGGCGGUUAAAAGCACGAAGCCUGUUCGUUUGGGUUGAGUCCAACGACAUGUCAAAUCAACAGAUCGCACUCAUCACUGACUACAAUGGCCCACCGUUUGUAAAUUUCGUCAACGUCUUUGAAAAGGCAAAGAAGGAGCCCACAAACAUUAUUUUGGAAAAGCUCAACCUGCUUCCAAGCUCGCCGCCAGUACCAUUCAUCCUCUGGUGCAACGGCCACAACUGGGAGAUCUUGGGCAAGCUUUCGCAAUGCUGCAGUACCCUGGUGAAUCCACCAGAGCCCUACAAACCAGAAGAGCUUAUGCCGGAGAACUUUGAUUCCAAAUGGCUUUCCAUCAGUGCCGUGCAUGGCAACGCUUUCUCGCGACUCUUGGUUGGAACAGAUGUGGUCGUGGACUACAGCUUCAUCUGCAAACUGAAAACCAUGUCCUGGGAACAGAAAAGGCCGCUUGUUGCUACAAUCCCCAAGAGCAAGAAGCGCAAAUUCAAUGCGCCUUUUGGAUUUUACAGUCCGUGCUCAAAGUCGAUGGUCUUCCUAGGGCCGUAUGACAUGGACGAGGCGAUACUUGAUAUGAGACUGGUUCCGCCUAAUAAUGGGAUUGGAGAUCCUCUGAAAAUGCUACAAGUCGUCAGGUUACGCCAGCUUCCGCAAGUGCGCUGUGACAUCUCGGAAGUGGGCAUUUGGACGUGCCCUAUUGAGCGCGUGCAAGACGUGCCGUACUGUCGUUUCUACGACAAUGGCAUGCUCAUCAAGCUUUCCAUGGAGAGAAACGAGCUCCUCAUUUUUGAGUCUGCUAUAGGCGUAGAGUUGUUCUUGAAGAACAUCACGCGAGAUCUAUACAAAACGGAUGUUGAAUGGACCAAGAAAGAGAGGGGACAGUACAAAUCCACAAGCCGUGUGAUGGAGGAAUUUGAAAAUUUUGAGUACCAACUGGGCUUGAAAAUUUUGGACGAGGAAAUAGCUAGCGGGUUAGGUGAACUCCCUAGCAGUAACUCGCUUGCACCAAGCGACCAGUCAGAACAGAGUGGCCUGGAUCAUGCUCUGGCCAUAUACGAGAAGUACAAAGAAACACAGAGGCGGCCGCCGUCGCCUGAAGUGCAACUUGUGUUUGAGCAAAGUGAUGAUGAAGAUGACCAAGAUAUUUUAGGUAUACUGGAGAGAGACUCCGACGAUUAUAAAUUAGAGAUGAGAAAUGCGUUUAUGGACGCUGAAUGCUUAUAUCCCGCCAUGGGGGAUGAGAAAUUCAAGAGAAUGCGUCUAGUGAGAGAGAUGGCAAAUGAAGUAUCGACACUGCAGAAAACAGCAGCUGCACUGGAUAAAGAGAAAAAGGAGCUGGAAAAAAUCAAAGAGGCGCACAUCAAGAAAUUUGAGCUUCUUCCCAGAGAUGAUAGAAUGAAAAUUAUGAAGGCAAUCAAGAAAUUGAGCAACGUAACUCUGGCAAACAAGAAACAUCUGAUAGAAUUAGAGGACAAAUCUAAGAGUAAAAACGAGGAUGUUCCAGUUGCCAGCACCAGCAGGCAGAAUGUUCCAGUUGCCAGCACCAGAAGGCAGAAUGUUUCAAUUGCCAGCACCAGAAGGCAGAGUGUUCCAAUUGCCAGCACCAGCAAACAGUUUGUUCCAGUCGCCAGCACCAGCAAACAGUUUGUUCCAGUCGCCAGCACCAGCAGGCAGACUGUUCCAGUUGCUAGCACCAGCAGGCAGACUGUUCCUGCCGCCAGCACCAGCAAGCAGUUUGUUCCAGUCGCUAGCACCAGCAGGCAGACUGUUCCAGUCGCUAGCACCAGCAGGCAAUUUGUUCCAGUCGCUAGCACAAGCAGGCAAUUUGUUCCAGUCGCUAGCACAAGCAGGCAGGCUGUUCCAGUCGCUAGUAUCAGCAGGCAGGCUCUUCCAGUCGCUAGCAUCAGCAGGCAGGCUGUUCCAGUUGCUAGCACCAGCAGGCAGGCUGUUCCAGUUGCUAGCAUCAGCAGGCAGAUUGUUCCAGGGAAUACUUCCGUGCCUGGAAGUAGCAAGAACGUGGCAGUUACUGUUCCAGGCACUACCAAGGUUACCACUCUGGUGAUGCCCGUUUCAUCUUCAAGUGAUGCUUCGCAGGGGGUGGCCAGACUCACACAAUGUCCAGCUCCAGCAGGGGCAAAAUAUAUCAAACUGAAUAUUAAAGAGCUGGAAAAAAUUAAAAACAUGAUUGCAACAGCACCUCCUCGCUCAAAAGUCAUGAUCAACACACAAGGCAAUCAGGUCAAGAUUGUACACACCACGCGUAGCAACGUGGCAGAAACGACUUCUUCAAACGUGAGAACCCCAACACCUUGGGUGAAACGCAUUCCUUCGACCGGCAGGACCAACGAGGACAGCGCCAAGGAAGUGGAGGAUAACACUUUGGAUGAUAUGCCCAUUUUAACUCCUAAUUGCAUCUUAGAAGAAAAUGCUGCGGCAGGACCAAUGCAACCUCGAGAUGAAGGCAGAAGAACCAUACAAAAUCCACUCUGUAGUUUCCCUAAUAGGCGACCCACGUACACCCCUGCAGAUUUCGAACAGGCGGUACACUUGGUAGUUGAACUGGGGUACCCGGUGAGCGAAGCUUCAGAAAGGUUUGGUGUGCCUCCAAGAACUCUGUAUAACUACUUCCAACGUAUGCGAAUCAUGCAACAAAAAAACAUGGAGGGAACAUCAACACCAGAAAUUGACUUGUGCGAUGACAGUAGCGACGAAAACUCCUAAUUGUAGAGACUUUUGAAUGCUUACAAAUAGUGAAAAAACCAUGGACGCGACUGCCUCCGGCUGUCGGGGAAACAAGUUAAUUGUUGUUGAAAGUGGAGGAUGCUGCACUUUGAAAGGACAGCACAAUUGCUUUGACUCUUGUGGUAUUCAGACUUCAAUCUAUGUCUGAGCCAGCAAACGUUAGGUUAAUUUAUCUGAAUUUGUAGACUAAUUCUCAAUUUUAGUUUUGCCCCUUAUGAUUUUUCACACAAUAGGAUCUGUGCUGCUGCAUCGCUUUUUCCAAUGAGAAUCAAUAAAAAAAUUAAAAAAUGGA